UAUAUAUUUUGACCCCUCGAUGAAAAUCAUUUCUCCCAGAGAAAGAAGAAAAGGGGAAGAAAAGAGCGGGAGGAUUUACCAUUCUCCAUUAUAGACGCCCCUUCUCUCUCUCUCUCUCUCUCUCUCUCUCUCUCUCUCUCCUCUUAAUGGAACCAAACCAUGGGCAUGAGAUUCCAAUUCCCACCUCUUCAUCUCCACCGUCCGAUCACGAUAUUGAUCAUGUUGACGAUCAUCCCGAUUUCUCUCCCGUCGGUUCCCCUGAGCUCACCGAAUCUCACCUCCCACCGCCGUCGGACCAGACACAGUCUCCCACUCUCUCCGAUGAUCUCCGCCGCAAAAUUAUCAAGCAGGUGGAGUAUUACUUCAGUGAUGAAAAUUUGCCGAAUGACAAGUUUUUGAUGAAGUAUGUUACAAACAAUGUAGAAGGAUUUGUUCCUUUAGGAGUUAUUGCUUCCUUCAGGAAAAUGAAGAAACUUACAAGAGAUAUGUCAUUCAUCGUCUCUGCAUUGAAGGAAUCUGAUGUUCUUGUGGUUAGUUCUAAUGGGAAAAGGGUGAAAAGGCUUCAUCCUCUUCAGCUGGUCGAGAUCAAGGAUCCAAUGGCAUGCACUGUAUUGGUUGAGAAUUUGCCGGAGGAUCAUUCUGUAGAGAACCUUCGUCGAGUGUUUGGUGAAGCUGGAAACAUUAAGAGAAUUACGGUUCGGGACCCACAUGAUGCCAAAGACCCAAAAAAGUGCACUGAUGCAGAAAAGCUGAUAAACGGGAAGAUGCAUGCUUUUAUGAAGAUUCAUGCACUUGUGGAGUACGACAAUUUGGAGGCUGCGGAGAAAGCUGUGGCAACUUUAAACAAUGAACAAGAUUGGAGAUACGGUUUAAGGGUCAAGUUUGUCAAGAAAUUGAAACCGGGGCAUAAGAUAAAAAUGUGGAAGGAAUCGGAGGCUGAGAAAGCUAGCAAUGUUCAAACAUUCGACCCAUCUGUCAAAGAGGAUAAUCAUUGCUCGACUGAACACCAUGAUGAUUUGCAUAAUGAGGAGGAUGCGGAUCAUUUAACGAGAGAGAAAAACGAGGUGCAUUUGGCUAAAGAGAAGAAUGGGCAGAAAGGUCGAAACAGAGGACGUGGAAGGAGACAGCAGUACCACGGUCCAAAUGGACAUGGACAUGGAUUUACGAGUCAUGGGGUUGAACCAUCAAAGCCGCCACCAGGCCCGAAAAUGCCAGAUGGAACCAAAGGAUUUACGAUGGGCAGGGGACGCCCUUUGGCUACCACCAAUUGAAGACAACCUUAAAAAAAAAAAAAAAACUUUUCUAUAUCUGAUUGCUUUUUGUAACAUCAGUAUACCAUGGUGUCAAUUAUGUAAUAUUAUGUCUAACAUCUGUGGGGUUUUUUUGUGUAAUGCGUGAUAUUUGCUGCUUCCUUUCGAUUUUCGACUGUGGUCAAAAGUACAACUAUGCGUAUAUAUAAGUUAUAACUGUUGUGUUCCGUAA